GAACCUAAUUAACACAAAAACCCUUAUACGGCGUGGCCGUAUCCAUUGCCGCUAAUCUCAGCCGACUCUUCCAAAAACCAAAAAUUACCAUUAUACCCCAAAAAAUGGCAGAGCGUGUGUCUAUCACACUCAACAACAACAACGGCAGCUUCCUCCUUUCUCCUCCUCCCAAAUCCACCACAACCAUGUCUUCUUCUCUCCGCACUACCACAGCUGCUUCUCGUCUCCUCCGCUCCUCCUCCUCCAGAUCUACACUCACUCUCUCCGCUUCUACUUCUCUCUCAUUCGCCAGAUCUCUCGUCUCUUCUCCACUUCUCUCUUCUUCAUCCUUCUCUCAGAAGAGAAGUCGAGUUGCGUCGGUGAAUCGGAGCUUCAACUCCACUGCCGCUACGAAAUGCUCAGCUUCUUCGGAUCCUGAUCAGUUGAAGAAUGCUAGAGAAGACAUCAAAGAGCUUCUCAACACCAAAUUCUGCCAUCCAAUUUUGGUUCGAUUAGGGUGGCAUGAUGCUGGUACAUACAACAAGAACAUCAAGGAAUGGCCACAGAGAGGUGGAGCUAAUGGAAGUCUCAGAUUCGAUAUUGAGCUUAAGCAUGCUGCUAAUGCCGGUCUUGUGAAUGCUUUAAACUUGAUUAAGGAUAUCAAAGAAAAAUACUCUGGGAUCACUUAUGCUGACUUAUUCCAAUUGGCUAGUGCUACUGCUAUUGAGGAAGCUGGAGGACCUAAAAUACCUAUGAAAUAUGGAAGAGUUGAUGCUUCUGGUCCUGAGGAUUGUCCUGAAGAAGGAAGGCUCCCAGAUGCUGGUCCUCCUUCACCUGCUAAUCAUCUCAGAGAGGUUUUUUACAGAAUGGGACUAGAUGACAAGGACAUUGUUGCAUUAUCUGGUGCUCACACCUUGGGAAGAUCUAGGCCAGAACGUAGUGGGUGGGGGAAGCCAGAGACGAAGUACACGAAAGAGGGACCUGGGGCACCAGGAGGACAGUCAUGGACACCCGAGUGGCUGAAGUUUGACAAUUCUUACUUCAAGGAAAUCAAGGAAAAGAGAGAUGAGGAUCUCCUUGUCCUACCCACUGAUGCUGCCAUCUUUGAAGAUUCUUCUUUCAAGGUAUAUGCUGAGAAGUAUGCUGCAGAUCAGGAUGCAUUCUUCAAGGAUUACGCUGUAGCCCAUGCGAAGCUCAGCAAUCUUGGAGCACAAUUUAACCCUCCUGAGGGUAUCGUUAUCUAAUGGGGCACCCAAUUUGCUCGUCCACUGGACUUGUGAUUUUAGAGAAACGUAGUUCAAUAAUGUCAAAGAAGAAUAGGAACGAACCGAGGAAGUGAUGUUGAGAAGCAACAUGUGAGAAAUUUGUCGGAGAACUUUUAGUUUUGCAGAUAUCUUUUGGUUGAUUUUGUUUAGCCAAAAGUAUUUUGAUCGUUUUCAUUUCAGGGUUCAAUUGUCAUAAUGGUUUCGGGCUUUCUGAUGUUUUCCUUGUAAGAAAUUGCGGUAGCGAUUAUCCAAAAUCCUUGCAAGUUUUGUUCUGGCACUGAAUAAAAUACUCAUGUUAUAGGUUUUUUUU